AUGACUACCAACGUCUCCCUCGAGACCUCAAUGGGCACAAUAAUCCUAGAGCUCUACACCGCCCACGCCCCCAAAACCUGCACAAACUUCGCAACCCUCGCAAAGAGAGGCUACUACAACAGCACCGUAAUCCAUCGCAUCAUCCCAAACUUCAUGAUCCAAGCCGGCGACCCGACGGGCACAGGCCGCGGCGGCACCUCAAUCUACGGCGAAAAGUUCGCAGACGAGAUCCACGCAGGCUUAAAACACACCGGCGCGGGGGUCCUCUCCAUGGCAAACGCGGGGCCCGACACGAACGGCUCCCAGUUCUUCAUCACCCUUGCCCCGACCCCUUGGCUCGAUGGGAAACAUACGAUCUUUGGACGGGUCAAGAGCGGGUUGAGCGUCGUCAAGAGGAUGGGGCUCGUCAAGACGGGGCCCGAGGAUCGGCCGCUUGAGGAGGUCAAGAUUAUCAAGGCUUCUGUCGUUGAAGAGGGCGGCGACGAAUAG